ACGGAAGGUUAAAUAAACAUAGAUAGGAUGACGAUGGCGGAGCAAGCACUGGACUAUACGACUAAUAGUUACACGACAAACAUAGAGGGCGUGCUUCGGUGAGACAACAUGGAGGGCGCGGACGGCGAGGAUCUGUUUGAAUGGGAGGCGCUAUACUUGCGACUGCCGGUGCAGAACUUGACCUUGAACAGCACAGACUGGGUGCCCGAAACCUGGAACGUCACCGCUGCCAACACCACCUGGUGGGACGCCGCCGCGCCCUUCGAUACGCCCGCUGCAGUUCUACGCGCGGCAGUAAAAGCCGUCGCCCUUGGCUUAUUGAUUCUAGCAACAGUAAUCGGUAACGUAUUCGUGAUAGCAGCUAUACUUCUGGAAAGACAUCUGAGAAGCGCUGCCAACCAACUGAUCCUGUCUCUGGCUGUCGCCGAUCUGCUAGUGGCAUGUCUAGUGAUGCCCCUGGGCGCAGUGUAUGAGGUGGCGCAGCGCUGGACUCUCGGCCCGGAGCUCUGCGACAUGUGGACCUCGGGAGACGUGCUCUGCUGCACUGCUUCUAUUUUACAUCUAGUUGCGAUCGCGUUAGAUAGGUACUGGGCUGUGACAAAUAUUGACUAUAUUCACGCACGAACCGUUCGCCGAGUGGGCUUGAUGAUUGCGUGUGUUUGGAUCGUGAGCUUCUUGGUGUGCAUUGCACCACUUUUGGGUUGGAAGGACCCCGACUGGAAUCGGCGCGUCGCCGAGGACAUGCGCUGUGUUGUCAGCCAAGAUGUAGGCUACCAAAUAUUCGCAACGGCAUCAUCAUUCUAUGUACCUGUACUGGUUAUAUUAAUUCUGUAUUGGAGAAUAUACCAAACUGCCAGAAAAAGAAUACGAAGACGACGCGGCGCAACUGCCCGCGGCGGUGUCGGGCCCCCGCCGGUGCCUGCGGGCGGCGCGCUCGUGGCGGCCGGAGGAAGCGGCGGCAUCGCAGCCGCGGUGGUGGCCGUCAUAGGCCGACCUUUGCCAACCAUAUCAGAAACCACCACCACUGGGUUUACAAAUGUUUCAUCAAACAAUACGAGCCCAGAGAAGCAAUCAUGUGCCAACGGUCUGGAGGCGGAUCCGCCUACGACCGGAUACGGAGCCGUGGCUGCCGCCUACUAUCCGAGUUUGGUGCGACGCAAACCGAAAGAGGCCGUCGAUUCGAAACGAGAGCGGAAAGCGGCGAAGACAUUAGCAAUAAUAACUGGUGCGUUUGUAGCGUGUUGGCUCCCAUUCUUUGUGCUUGCUAUAUUAGUUCCAACGUGUGAUUGUGAAGUAAGUCCCGUGUUGACGUCAUUAUCCUUAUGGUUAGGCUAUUUUAAUUCAACAUUGAACCCUGUGAUCUACACGGUGUUCAGCCCGGAGUUCCGGCACGCGUUCCAGCGGUUGCUGUGCGGGCGAAGGGCGCGCCGGCGCAGGCCGCCGCCAUAGCCUACCCCGCUCACCCCGCCUCUUCUCCUCCAGUCGACUGACGUCAUGUAGCUCCAAUACACAUUGUGUUACCUCGUUACAUUUUCAGAGAUAUAUUUACACCCCUUUAUUUUUUGUACGUGAAGAAUGGUUAUUAAAAUAGUUAGUCUAGAUA